UGAGACCACUAACAGUGGAGAUAAAGAAGCCCAUAGAGAUUGGCGAGGGCGGAGUCCUAACAGCCGAGCGGCGCUACGAGGUGACGUGCGAGUCGGCCGGCAGCCGGCCGCCCGCCGUCAUCACGUGGCACAAGGGCAAGCGGCUGCUGAAGAGAAUUACGGAAGAGCACAGAAACAACCUGACGGUGAGCGUGCUGAGCUUCGUGCCGACGCUGGACGACGACGGGAAGCCCAUCACGUGCCGCGCCGACAACCCCAACGUCACCUCGCUCUCGCUCGAGACCUCGUGGACCAUCAGCGUCGUCUACCCGCCGGUGGUGUGGCUGCGGCUGGGCAGCUCGCUGGCGGAGGGCGACAUCAAGGAGGGCGACGACGUGUACUUCGAGUGCCACGUGCGCGCCAACCCCGCCGUCCGCAAGCUGUCCUGGCUGCACGACGACCGGCCGCUGGCGCACAACGCGACGGCGCGCGUGUUCCACAGCAACCAGAGCCUCGUGCUGCAGAAGGUCACGCGGCACAGCUCCGGCCGCUACGCCUGCUCCGCGCUCAACGCCGAGGGCGAGACCGUCUCCAACGAGCUGCACUUCAGGGUCAAGUACACCCCGUCGUGCCGCAACGGCGGCGUGCACGUGGUGGGCGCGGCUCGCGGCGAGUCGGUGGUGAUCGUGUGCGAGGUGGACGCCGACCCGCCCGCCGCCGUCUUCAAGUGGAAGUUCAACAACUCCGGCGAGACCAUCGACGUGGCCGCCGACCGCUACACCUCCAACGGCAGCGCGUCUAGCCUCAAAUACACUCCAGUGGCGGACUUAGACUAUGGCACUCUUUCGUGCGCGGCCGCCAACGAGGUCGGCACACAACUCACGCCCUGUGUCUUCCAGAUGGUCGCUGCUGGCAAGCCGCACCCGCCGCGCAACUGCUCGCUGUGGAACCAAACGGCCGACUCGGUGGAGGUGUCGUGCGUGGCGGGCUUCGACGGCGGCCUGCCGCAGAAGUUCCUGCUCGAGGUGUACAACACCGACAGCAGUAAACCGAGGGUGAACCUGACGUCGGAGGAGCCGCUGUGGACGGUGCGCGGGCUGGAGUGGGACGUCCGCUUCCGACUGGUGGCGGUGGCGGUCAACGCCAAGGGCCGCUCGCAGCCCGCGCGCCUAGACGACUUGCUCUUCAGGGAUCCAGAAAAACGAACAGCAUCGGAGGCGCCGCUGGGCGUGGGCGGGCUGGUGGGCGCGGCGGGCGCGGGCGCGGGCGCGGUGUGCGCGCUGCUGGCGGGCGCGUGCGCUCUCGCGGCGACACUCGCAAUUGAAAACACGCCGCAAGUGCGACCGCGAGCGGAGCGACGUCGCAAGGGCGACCGCGAGCGGAGCGACGUCGCAAGGGCGACCGCGAGCGAAGCGAUGUCGCAAGGGCGACCGCGAGCGGAGAGACGCCGCAAGUGCGACCGCGAGCGGAGCGACGUCGCAAGGGCGACCGCGAGCGGAGAGAUGCCGCAAGUGCGACCGCAAGCGGAGCGACGCUGCAAGGGCGACCACGAGCGGAGAGACGCCCCAAGGGCGACCGCGAGCGAAGAGACCUCGCAAGUGCGACCGCGAGCGGAGCGACGCUGCAAGGGCGACCACGAGCGGAGAGACGCCCCAAGGGCGACCGCGAGCGGAGAGACGUCGCAAGUGCGACCGCGAGCGGAGGGACGCCGCAAGGGCGACCGCGAGCGGAGAGACGCCGCAAGUGCGACCGCGAGCGGAACGACGCCGCAAGGGCGACCACGAGCGGAACGACGCCGCAAGGGCGACCGCGAGCGGAGAGACGCCGCAAGCGAGGCGGCCAGCGCGCCCAGCGUGGCGGCGGCGUCGCCCGCGCGCGCCGCGCCUGCGCCGCUCACCACGCCGGCGUGCAACGGGCCGGGGCCGGGACCGGGACCGGGACCGGGACCGGGGCCAGGCGCGUCGUGGACGUGGGGCGCGCGCACGCGCGAGACGGCGCGCGACGCGGCGGGCGCGGGCGCCACGCGGCUGCUGGGCCGCAGCGCGUCGGCCACGCUGCGCGCCGCGCCCGACCUCAACGUGGACGCCAUCAAGGAGAAGCUGCUCGACCACCGGAUCCCCGAGUCCUGCGUCUAG